UUGGGUCACCCCCAAAGCCAGCAUGUCCCUGACCUCUCUUUCCAGGUCCUGAGCAGUUUUCCCUGUGAUGUGGAAGAGGGAGCAUCUUAUAGCAGGAUGUGAUCCGGUCUCCACCCGGAUGCCGAGCUUCGCCGGGAGGAUCCUCUGCUGGCUGGACAGGCAGUAAUAGUGAGAGCCCAGGGACACCCCCAAACAGGAGUGGUGGGACCGCUCUUGCUGUUUCAAGCCCGCAGAAUCCUUUAUUGUGAUACAAUGUAUGUAUGGUGGCAUAUUUUUAAGGGACUCCUUGGGUUUCCGAUGUUUUUGUCCUCCUCUGUUAAUUUUACCAUUAUCCAAAAUUGGGUGGUGGAAGAAGAGGUCUAUUGUCCAUUGGCAAGGGGGCAGUUGCGGUGCAUCAUCGUGGGAAUGUGGCACUGCGUAUUACCUGGGUGUUUUUCCAGAGGCGGCCCCCUGCCGAGAGCCCCAAGUCCCCUGGCCCUGCAUAUCCCUCCCCAAUUGGAUCCCAGAUGGGAUUAAUCCAGAAGGGCUCCUUACCUCGCCAGGGAACACCACAUGAUACAACACUUUGUCCCAUCACUGCCUGAACCCCCAUCCCAAAGAGUUUGUUUCCACCUGGGAACAAUGGCCCCUACCUUUGGAGGAGGAAGAUCUCCAUCCAUACUGCCUGCGCUUAUGGUUCCACUGGGAAGGGGAAAUCUGGGAAUGAUGGCUCGGGUGGACCACCGAUGAGAAGGUAUAUGAGUAGGUUUUCAAUGUCACAGAGGUAUUGGUACCCGGAUGGUGUAGGGUUCAACCUAACCCCCACAAUUCCAAAUGUUGGUAUAUCACGCAUAUCACCCACUCAGACACACACACGUCCCACCAAUGUGAGGAGGUAAAUAUUACCUACCCCGAACGCUUUCCAGCAUCCCGUCUAAAUUGUAAUUGUAGCCUCCUCCACCUAGCCCCUAGUCUUCAGGGAAUGACUCUAGGAAGGCACCGCCACAUCUCCCCCCACCAGCGGAGGUGGCAGAUUUUACCAGCCACCAAAUGAGAGGCAGCCACUCAACGAUGGAGCCUCCUCAGUGCCACCUUUACCUGCCCCUGACACACUAUCAGGUCCCCACCUUCCUCCCCAAUUGUACCAGGGGGGUCACCCUCCAACUUGCCCUCCUUAGACAGACGUUGUCCUUGUCCCCCCGAAGAAGGCAGACCUUAGUGAGCUCGUUGUGGGAUGGGGCCAAUAUGGCAGCUAGUAUUUGGAACAUUCAGCAAGGGGCCCUGAGAGAUGAACGGUUUGGACCAUUGGUACAGGCCAUGGGGUUGGUUACAAGUGCGGAUCUCACCCACCUUACAGUGGCCACCUCCACCCUUAGGCACACUGCCGAAUUGGCCCUCCACAUGCAGAACACCUUAUGGGGAUUGAUUGAGAUCAUAAUUGAGGCCGGGGAUCAACUAGCAUGGGAUUCGGUGUGCUCCCAGUUCCAACAAUAUUUGACCCAACAAGUUCAGAGCAUCCAGGAGGAUGUGCUCUAUGGAGCCUGGCCUGGGGAAAUCCAUUUCCACUCAGGGAUUCCCUGGGAGCAAUGGCCUUUUCGCUGUUCCUGGAAGCUCACUAACUGGAAGUACACAGGCAUAGCCUGCUCCUUCACGGCCUUUGGUCCCAUGAAAGGGAUGUGGACCCCUGAUAUAAAAAUCCAACCAGGCCUUUGGGAAGGCUGCCUUUGGGAUUGGGUGGUCCAUCGUGAUGUGUGGGAGGUGGCUCUCCCCAAUGACACGGCUAAGUGGUAUGUGCUCAUGGCAGCCCCUGACAUAUGGAUUGCAGAGGGCAACACCUGGCAGCUAUGGCCUAUGGAGCCCCCUCAAAUGAUGUGUAAAGAAAAGGUAAUGCCAGUCUGCUUUUAUGAGGUGGGUCAACACAUCUGCUGGGCAGGGGAGGCAUCGGGAUAUGCCCCCACUUAGGCACAUCUGUUCACCAAUACCUCCACGUGUGUUUGGCGAGCCACCUACCCUAGGGUGCCCCCCGAGUUGCAAUUGCAAUCUCGAACGCAAAAUUUUUCAGUGCAUUGGCCCGCGGUUAUUCAAAGUAGUGUUAAUGUUUCUAAUUAUAUUGUAUUUAAUUUUUCAUGGGUUACGUCCAAUAUAUUUCUUCCAUUGACGCACACCCAGGAACAACUGACCGUGUUCCAGACAGAUGCCUCCUCCCUUACAGUGUUGCAGCACACAUUUAAUCUGGAGAAAGCUGCCUUUAUCACAGCCAUCUAGAUGGGACAUCUUUGCCAACAAGGGGCUGUGCUAUGCUAUGUUACUAAUGAAGCCAGAAGCCACUACUGGCUGGUGUAUGCAAUUGUUGCCGCCCUAACACUUUUGUUUGUGCUGUAUUGCUGUUGGUGUCGGAGGCCAACGGUGACCCUAGCCAUCGUGUCAGAGAGAGGGUGGAAACCUAAGUGGUGACCCCUCACAACAGAAUGUUGAUUCGGGGUCAAGGGGGGGGACUGUCACAAUAAAAUUGCUCCCCCCAUGGGGUCCCCUGGGUAAGCACCAGCAUUGUAUAUUGCUAAUGCUUUGAGAUGCACUGGAAAGGAUUUCGGGGAGGGCUGAAGGAAUGAGUGUGGAGUGAAAGGUUCCUUUGCAGGUUGUGAGAGGCCGAAGGGGGAGGAAGGGAGAAGAGAACGGGUUAACUCGAUGCCUCAGCUCAGUCUGAAGAUAAGAUGCGGGCUCCAGUCCAAGGUCACAGUGCUCAAACAGACUCUAUGCAGCCAAGAAGCCUGCAGCCAUAUCUGUAUCUUACCCAACCCCCAGCCAACCGUGAGAAAAGAGAAGUAAGCUGAACAAGACUGCAGGAGAUUGCAAAAACCAUUGAGAUGGUGAAGGCCAGUGAGGGGGAAAAACAACAGUUUCGUGUCCCUGAAGCCGGUGUGUUUUGGGAAAGCUGAGGAAGCCACGGAAGGCCGGUUUGGACUGGUACAAAGAGCAUGGGGGACAGAGGUCCCUGAAUGAAAUGCCCCCAAAAGACCCCAGGACUUAAAACCCUCCUGAGAGCUGAAGCAAAUCGGAGAUCAACAGCGGACCCUGGACAGCCUGUGCACAGGACAGAACUCUCGUCCACCCUUCCCCCUCUUCUUCUUAUGUUACAC